AUGAAUCUUUCAGCACAGUUUACUGACUUUUGGGCAAAUCCUUUCUACCAAAACUACAAAACUAACCAGUUCUUUACCAGUGAUUGUGACAAAAAUCAAAAUACUGAACAGGAUUAUACCCACAAUGGAUGUGAAAUGUAUCAAAGUGUCAAAGAAGAACCGAUUUAUGAAAGCUGCAGGUUUUCCAUUAAUCAACCAUAUUUAAAUCAUUUUGACAAUUCUAUUACACCUCCGAUGGUUAAUCAUGACUUUACCCAACAUUUAAAUCAGUACGACACCUGUCAACAAGGUAUUUAUCCCGAAAAUAAAACUCUAAUUAAUGAAACAAGCCUCCAACUCGAUGAAAAUAAAUUAGACAAGAAAGACGAUGAUUCACCCGCUUUACGUGCUUUAUUAACGAGACCACAAACCAAGAAAACUUCUUUUAAUCAAUACGAGGACUACCAACAAUACGAUAACAACAACAAAAACAAUUUCAGUGCUUCUGAAGAAAGUGUUAGUGAGACUCCGGCAAAUAUUUACCCUUGGAUGAAGACCCAUGGUGACUCUUCAUCCACUGGAAGCAAAAGGACGCGUCAGACUUACACUCGGUACCAAACCCUUGAACUUGAGAAAGAGUUUCAUUUCAAUAAAUAUUUGACACGACGCCGUCGUAUCGAAAUCGCUCACUCAUUACAUCUCACUGAACGUCAAAUUAAAAUUUGGUUCCAAAAUCGGCGAAUGAAAGCGAAAAAGGAUACAAAGUUUACUAGCGAGCAAAGUGUAACGUCGACUUUUAACUUUCUCUCUCUUCACUCAGCAGAGACUUCAAUGAACGAUGUGAACAGAAACGACUGUGCCAAACCCUUGACUCAAAUUAAAAAUAUUCCGGGACCCCCGGAAACGCCUUAGAUUUAUAUUAGAUAAAUUGGAGCAAAUAUCAAAACUGGAUUGUAAAUACGUGGAUUAAUCUAGAUAAUAUAUUUUGUGUGAAGAGUCACUAAUAUUUAGUUAAAUUGUAUAGGUAGAAGCUUGAAUAAAAGAAUAAGUUCGUCGGCUAA